CAUUUGCGCAUGCGUACACCACGUAUGCUUCCCAGCUCCUCUCGGUCGGAUGCUAAACUGGCUAGCUAACGGUCCUGUCAGGUACGAGCACUCAGUCGGUGGGCUAGUAGCGACGGGACGUGAGUGAGUGAGUGGCGCGGCGGCCAGAGAAGCUUGGACACCCGGACGGCGCCGCCACCGACGAAAUGGCCGGCCAGCAGUUCCAGUACGAUGACAGCGGCAACACAUUUUUCUACUUUCUCACGUCAUUCGUGGGACUCAUUGUGAUCCCGGCCACCUAUUACCUCUGGCCGCGAGAUCAGAAUGCUGAGCAAUUGCGCCUGAAGAGCCUGCGGCGAGUGCACAGCAGGUGCUUGUGGUACCGGCUCCGGCUGAUGAAGUCCCAGCAGAGCAUCGUCCCCACACUCAAGAAAACUGCCUUAAUGUUUGGCUGGGCCAUCUUCCUGCUGCUGGCAUACAAGGUGUCCAAAUUGGACCGGGAGUACCAGGAGUAUAAUCCCUAUGAAGUCCUCAGCCUGGACCCGGGCGCAUCACUGCCGGAAAUCAAGAAGCAGUACCGCGUGCUGUCGCUGAAAUUCCACCCGGACAGAGGCGGCGACGAGGCCAUGUUCAUGAGGAUCGCCAAAGCCUACGCCGCUCUCACCAAUGAACAGUCCCGAAAAAACUGGGAAAUUUACGGCAACCCGGACGGUCCCGGCGCGACCAGUUUCGGCAUCGCCCUGCCCGCCUGGAUUGUAGACCAGAAGAACUCAAUGCUGGUGUUGCUGGUGUACGGUUUGGCGUUCAUGGUCAUCCUCCCCGUGGUGGUGGGAACGUGGUGGUAUCGCUCCAUCCGGUACAGCGGGGACCAGAUCCUCAUCAACACCACUCAGCUCUUCAUGCACUUUAUGUACAAGACCCCCAACAUGAACAUGAAGCGGUUAGCCAUGGUGCUGACGGCAGCGUUCGAAUUUGACCCUCGCAGCAAUAAAGAAGCCACCAUCCGACCCACGGACAACAUCGAAGUGCCGCAGUUGAUCCGUGAGCUGGGAAACAUCAACGUGAAGAAGAAGGAGCCUCCGUUCUGCUACCCGUACAGCCUGAAGGCCCGAGUGUUGGUCCUCUCCCACCUGGCGCGCAUGGAUGUUUCCGAGGAGCUGGAGGAAGAUCAGCGCUUCGUGGUAAAGAAGAGUCCCGCGCUCCUCCAGGAGAUGAUCAACGUGGGCUGCCAGCUCACCAUGAUGGCCAACAGUAGAGGAGGUUUCCACGCGCCUCGGCUGGUCACCAUCGAGAACUGCAUGAAGUUGACGCAGAUGAUCGUGCAGGGCCUCCAGGAAUCCAAGUCGCCGCUGCUGCAACUGCCUCACUUCGAGGAGGAGCACCUCCGCUACUGCAUCUCCAAGAAGUACAAGGUCCGCAGCCUGCAGGACCUGGUGAGUCUCAAAGACUCGGACCGUCGCGCCAUGCUCCGCUUCCUGGGAGAGGAGAAGUACGACGAGGUCAUGGCCGUGCUGGGGAGCUUCCCGCACAUCAGCAUGGACACCAAACUGCAAGUCCUCGACGACGAAGACAGCAGCAACAUCACGGCGGGCUCCAUCGUCACCGUGACCGUCACCUUGGCCAGGAAACCGAUGGCGGAGGUCUUUGAAAAGGAGCAGGGGCCCUCACCGUGUCCGGGAGAGGAGGCGGCGACGGCGGCUCCCGCCGAAGAAGCGGGAGAGGCCAGUAAAGGCAAAUCGAAGCAAGUUUGGCAGAACAAGAACAAAGUUGCUAAGAAGAUGGCAAAGUCCAAAAAGAAAAAAUUAACCAAGAAAAAGGCAGCCACGCCGGCACCAGUCAAAAGCAAGACGGCCAACGGAAACGUGGCGGGAAACGAGGGGACGCCGGCGGCCAAGGAGGACGACGAGGAGCUCUCGGACAAAGGUAGUGAGUCGGACGAGGGCGAGGCCGCCAAAGACUCACCCAGCGAGAGAGACGAAGACAGCGACAAGCAGAGCGAUACAGAGCUGGACGAGAUGGCAGGAGAUGACGAGGAGGAGUGGGAGGCAUUGCAGCAGAGCAUCCAGAGGCGAGAGCGCGCCCUGCUGGAGACCAAGUCCAAGGUGACGCACGCCGCGUACAGCCUGUACUACCCCGAGGAGAAGCAGGAGUGGUGGUGGCUCUACAUCGCCGAUCGGCGCGACCAGACCCUGGUGUCCAUGCCCUACCACGUCUGCACGCUCAAGGACAGCGAGGAGGUGGAGCUCAAGUUUCCGGCACCUUCCAAAACGGGCAACUAUCAAUAUUCCGUCAUCCUGCGCUCCGAUUCCUAUUUGGGACUUGACCAGAUCAAACCACUUAAGCUGGAGGUGCACGAGGCCAAAGCCGUGCUGGACAACCAUCCGCAGUGGGACAUCCCUGACACGGAGGAGGAGGACGAGGAGCAGGAGGACAGCGACGGCAUCGAGGAGAGCGAGGACGACGACGACAACGAUUGAACGCCUGGGCCUCGCCCCUUCCCCCCCGCGUCACUCUCCCGCUCCACCUACUUCCUCCUCGACGCAAAGACUUAAGCCGGGACAUUUUUCUACACUAGUCCACGUCCUCGCCUCUUUUUCUACAUGCGCGUGCGUGUUUGCGUUUCUAAGCGGGUAAGGGCGCGUACGGGCGCGAUCGACCGCGUCGGCAGAUUUGCGCGCGGCGCGUCGUCGCCGUUGCGCGGCGCUCGGCUUAUUCGACUUCUAAUAGUGUCACCGUUUCAACAUGGUUCCUUUCCAGGACUUUGUUCUGAGUCCCUCUGUUAAACUUCACACUUAGUACGAAAGUUUUUUUUUUUUUUCUCUCUCUCUUACGGGACAUUCCAGCGAGCAGCGUGUGUCAAUACAAAAUGUAAAAAUAAAGUCCACUUGGGUGCCAUGCACCCGCCGUUCUUC